AUGGGAAUACAUGACAGCCAGGUCAACCGACAGUUGACACCUUUGCUAAGUUUCUCCGGGGACAUGGUCCAGCCGGUCGGUAGCGUGACACUCCCAAUUACCUUCGGCACCGCGCCGAGGAGAACGACGGUAUACGACCAGUUCCUCAUCGUUGACUGCCCGACGGCGUACAACGUCAUUGUUGGGCGAACGGCACUGACCAGGGUUAAGGCGCAUCUUUCCCCACACAUGCUGUUGAUGAAGUUCCCGACCCCCAAUGGCGUAGGGUCUGUCAGGGGAAACCAGCUGAGUGCACGGACUUGCUACGCCACGGCAAUCAAAUCAACCUCUUUCAAAAUCCUGGAGGAGACCAUGUCUGUGCAGGGGGUGCCGAACGGCACGGGACCAGUUGAUGACCCAAGAGAUGAGUCGCCAACUCCUCAUACACAACCCGCCGAAGAACUGGAGACGAUAACCCUGAACGAAGAACAGCCCGAUCGUCGGGUUAAAAUCGGUACCAGACUAACCCCUGCCCUCCGAGCGCAGUUUAUAGACUUCUUACGGCACCAUUCGGAAGUAUUCGCAUGGUCCUACGAUGACAUGCCCGGCAUAGACCCUGAAAUCAUCAGCCAUAAACUCAGCAUUUCCCCCGCCUUCAAGCCUGUCAGGCAGAAGCGCCGUUCGUAUGAUGCCGAACGGUACGAAGCCAUGCGCACCGAAGUUGACAAACUUCAAACCAUCGGCUUCAUCAGGGAGGUUACGUACCCGGUAUGGCUGGCGAAUUCGGUCAUGGUCCGGAAGGGUACAGGCGGCUGGCGAAUGUGCCAAGACUACACAGAUCUGAACAAGGCCUGCCCGAAGGACAGCUUUCCGUUGCCCCGAAUAGAUCAGCUCGUGGACGCCACCGCCGGACACGAACUGCUCAGCUUCAUGGAUGCCUAUUCAGGGUACAACCAGAUUUUCAUGCACCCUCCCGACAGCGAGCACACCGCCUUCAUCACGGACAGAGGGUUGUACUGCUACAAUGUCAUGCCGUUCGGCUUGAAGAACGCGGGGGCAACGUAUCAGAGGCUUGUCAACAGAAUCUUCGCCGAACACAUCGGCAGCAUCAUGGAGGUUUACGUUGACGACAUGUUGGUGAAAAGCAGAACAGCCGAAGAACACCUGCACAAUCUGUCUAUCAUGUUCGGUAUCCUGAAGGGCUACUGA